UCUGGGAGGACACCAGCCAUACGUUCCAGUUGUAUUACAUAACGACAAACCAAAGAACCUGAACAGCGCUAAUGCGCCAGGAAACUCAUGUAACAGUCAGAAUAUUUGUGGUAUACAAAACGAUUGGAAACAAAGAGCUCGGGUACUUUGCUCAUAUGACGCAACGGACAGUACUGAGCUUAAUCUCAGCGCUAAUGAGAUCAUAUUUGUGACGGAAUUAAAUCCCCUCAAUUCUGAUUAUAUGUAUGGAAAACAAGGCCUGAUGAAUGGCUUAGUACCAAAAGCAUUCUUGGAACUUUUGGAAGAAUAAUUUUCUUGUGGUAUGGCAUCGGAGUAUAUUGUUUCGAUGUUCUGAUAUCAUUUUGCCUCCUAACAUUCAAUUAAAUCUGUUCGCAAAUAUUUAUUCUAUUCCUUUAGAAAUUUAAUUGUAAUAAAUACUCUCUUUGCUUCAGGUUCACAUAUUCUUAAAAUACGCAUAGUUAAGCAGGGGGGUUACAGAUUGACAGUUGAGCUGCAUGAUAUAUACUGAAUGAAUAGUUUUGCAGCUUGCCGUAUAUGAUAUUGUAGGGCAAACUGCGGCGCUAGUGUGCUUGUGUUUCAAUCUACAAACCCCCUGUAGUUAAGAUAUUCAUUAGAUAACUACUAUGUAUAAAAUCGUAUUGUUGAUUUUUAAAUAACGAUACAAAUAAAACAGCCAUGAAAUGUUUAGAAAAA